AUGAAGCUCUCUGCUAUCGCAUCAGUCUUUGCUGUCGCCGUAGCCGGUGCCCCAACUGAUGUGACACCCCGAUACGACGUCACCGAUUUCAUUGCAUACUGUUCUACAGACGGUGGCUCAUGCUACUAUGACUUCGCCGUCGUUCAACAUGCCAACGGCGAGACCAUCCCCACCCAGUGCAACACAGCGGCCGACAGCGACGAUGGCGCCCUCCCCGGCGUCUCUGACGGCAAAUGCAACUCUUCGCGCACUUUUGCCGUCAUCAGGAACGAGGACGGCAGCCUCAACUUCUCCGUCACUCAGCAGAUUACGCCCAUUUCUUACACGACUGGCAACCACACUAUCCCCGCUGAUCAGAUCGAGAAGAAGGAUGGCGCGGAGACUUACGUUGGGCCGAAGAGCUUCGGCCUCUACAGCUCUUAG